CAUGACGGGGGAGGUGGAGAUUUCCAUCAUGGCGGCUUCCAUUUCGGGCUACACCUUCAGCGCUGUGUGUUUUCACAGCGCCAACAGCAACGCCGACCACGAAGGAUUUUUGCUGGGAGAGGUAAGACAAGAGGAAACGUUUAGCAUCAGUGACUCACAAAUCAGCAACACAGAGUUUCUGCAAGUAAUUGAAAUUCAUAACCAUCAGCCCUGUUCAAAACUUUUUAGUUUUUAUGAUUAUGCAAGCAAAGUGAACGAAGAGAGUUUGGACAGAAUCCUUAAAGAUCGGAGGAAGAAAGUUAUCGGGUGGUACAGAUUCCGUCGAAACACCCAGCAGCAGAUGUCGUACAGAGAGCAGGUUAUCCACAAGCAGCUCACCCGCAUCCUCGGUGUGCCAGACCUUGUCUUCCUUCUCUUUAGCUUCAUCUCUACCGCCAACAAUUCUACUCAUGCUUUAGAAUAUGUUCUCUUUAGACCAAAUCGAAGGUAUAAUCAAAGGAUAUCACUUGCAAUCCCCAAUCUAGGCAAUACCAGCCAACAAGAGUACAAAGUGUCUUCAGUGCCAAACACUUCGCAAAGUUAUGCCAAAGUUAUUAAAGAGCAUGGUACUGACUUUUUUGACAAGGAUGGAGUCAUGAAGGACAUUAGGGCAAUUUAUCAGGUUUAUAAUGCACUUCAGGAGAAAGUACAGGCAGUGUGUGCAGAUGUAGAAAAGAGUGAGCGAGUUGUUGAAUCUUGUCAGGCAGAAGUGAACAAAUUAAGAAGACAAAUCGCACAGAAGAAAAAUGAAAAGGAACAAGAAAGAAGAUUGCAGCAGGCCCUAUUAAGCAGACAGAUGCCAUCUGACAAUCUGGAGCCAGCAUUCAGCCCUCGGAUGUCCUAUUCUGGGUUUACAGCUGAAGGGAGAAGUACUCUAGCAGACACUGAACCCUCUGAUCCUCCUCCCCCAUAUUCUGAUUUCCACCCAAACAAUCAAGAAAGUACUCAGAGCCAUUCUCGAAUGGAAAGGAGUGUCUUCAUGCCUCGGCCUCAGGCUGUGGGCUCUUCCAACUAUGCUUCCACCAGUGCCAGACUGAAGUUCUCUGGAAGUGGAGCAGAUCUUCUUCCUUCCCAGAGAGCAGCUGGAGACAGUGGGGAGGAGUCAGACGACAGUGAUUAUGAAAAUUUGAUUGACCCUGCAGAGUCCCCUCAUAGUGAAUCCUCACAUUCAAAGAAUUCACGGCCCGUGACACAUCCCGAUGAGGACCCCAGGAACACUCAGACCUCCCAGAUUUAAGUAAACAGAUGACACUCUCUCCACUUGGCUUUUCUUAAUGGCUUAUUGAGAGUUUGUUGAGGACUUAAUCUGUGGGGAGAACUGCUUUCUCAGAUGCCGUGACUCCCGAGUGGGGCACCCCAUGCACAGAACCCCCAGAAUCCUCUGUCCGCCAGUCCUCACCUCUGGGUGCAGUGCAUGGGUUCACAGCAGAAUCAUUACGAUAAUCAAAUUGUCCUAAUUCUGGUGCGAUUCAUGGAUGUACUAGUAAAUUUAGGCAGAGUGAAA